AUGGUUUCCCUUGAUAAGGGGACGUAACCGCGUCGUUCCCACAUCACAAACCUUUCAUUCUUAACUUUACUCAUACCUAGGUCCUAAUAAUCCGCAUUUCCGAGUUUUACCACGCUCUCAUACCUCAAUACCAAACAUAGUUCACUUAACAAGAAAGACAAAGCCGACAUUCCCAAAUAUGUCAGGCAACACAAUGAAAGCAGUACACUACGAAGGCCCAUUCAAAGUCUCAGUCAAGGACGUUGAGUUACCCAAGAUCCAGCAUCCAGAUGACGUCAUUGUCAAGGUCACGACGGCAGCCAUUUGCGGAUCCGACUUGCACAUGUACCAGGGACGGACCGCAGCGGAAGCUGGUCUCGUAUUCGGCCAUGAGAACAUGGGGAUCGUCAUCGAGGCUGGGCCGGGCGUGACUCUCUUGGAAAAGGGCGAUCGGAUUGUAUUGCCAUUUGUGAGUACGCAUAAUGCCAUCUGUAGAUGAGUGGGCUGAAGUCGAGCUUCCUAGAACGUUGCGGAUGGCAGGUGUCGCAAUUGCGAAGAAGGCAAGACAGCGUUCUGUACUGGGUAAG